AUAUUGCGUUACAAAUCGAGUUAUCGUGUAGAACGGCAUACUGAUACGAUUCAGUCGACACCUGGACUGAAAGCGUGCUUGUUGUUGUUUGAGCAAUUUCUUUCAUUUUAAAUGUUAUCCUCAAUUAUAUAUCUAUACGUUCUAUUAAUUUUUGUGACAAGAAUAAAACAUGGCCAAUCUUUGUGUUCUUGUAAUCAACCGGAUUUAGAUUUUGCAACCGGUGUUAAUCUGCUUUACUACAAAUGUAAUAGUGAAAUUCCUGCAACAAUUGCUUAUCCCAUCACAGUGCCACAGACGUUACUCAAAGUGUUGGAUGAUAAUAAACGGACAAUUUUUUACGUUUAUGGAUAUGAGCAAUUUCCAGAGAACAACAAUGUUCAGAUAAUGAUGAAAGCGCUUUGUUACGGGAGAACGGACAACGUUGUGCUACUCGACUGGAGUAAAUAUUCUAAUGGCACUUACGCGUCCGUUUUCAGAAACGCUGAAAAAGUAGGAAGUUUAUUCGCACAAAGUAUACAACUACUCGUGGAAAGUGGCCUGGACGUAUCAAAAAUUUACAUUAUUGCGCACUCCUUGGGUGCUCAUAUAGCUGGCUUUGUGGGUAAAUGCAACACCUUCAAGAUACCUCGCAUCACAGGAUUGGAUCCUGCGAAUCCUAUUUUUUAUCUUCCCGGAUGUUAUCUCACGCGUAACGACGCGAUGUGGGUCGAUGUUAUCCACACGGACAAAGGUGGAUAUGGUACCCCAACAUCUAUGGGGACCGCGGACUAUUACGUGAACGGUGGAACGCGUCCUCAACCUGGUUGCAAAUUGUUUGCCUUACCGUUAAGCGAUACCGAUUUCUGUAGUCAUCAAAAAUCAGUCGUACUCUAUGCAAAAUUGAAACGUCAUCCUAUGAAAUUUGUGGCAAAGGAGUGUUUUUCUUUUAUUCACUAUAAAUUAAAUAAUUGCUAUAAAAUUUGGAAGAUCGAUAUUGGAUAUGCAGCACAAAACAUGUAA